AUGAUAAUUGCAGUUGUGAAAACACUUGCCAAGAAUAACUUGCCUUUUCGUGGAAGUCAUGAGAAGAUUUAUGAAGAGAGCAAUGGACUUUUUUUAAGCAUAGUUAAAAUGAUUGAUUCAAUUGCAAAAAGUGAAGCUAAAUUCCUAGCAACUCAUGAAUUUGAGACUUUUGAGUUCUUGUUUAGUAUUAUAAUUUGGUACAAUUUGUUAUUUCAUGUGAACUCUAUUAACAAGCUUCUUCAAAGUAAAGAUAUGAAUGUCGUAUUUGCUGUAAAGAAGCUAGAUGGGCUUGUUAAGUAUGAUGAAGUUGGUUUCAUGGAGGUUAUGGUUGAAACUAAAGAAAUGGCAAGUGAAUUGGGAAUUGAACAUAUAUUUGUUGAAAAGCGCAUCAUUUAUAGAAAGAAACAAUUUGAUGAGAAUGUUAGCGAAGAGAAAUUUCAGGGUAGGCCUGCUAUUAACAAUCCGAUUGAACCUCAAGCUCAACACAACAUUGCUCAAAAGGCAACCCAGGAUAAAGCCGACUAUGAGGGACUUCUAACCAUACUUAGCAACCUCAAGCUCAACACAUAA